GUUCUGCUCGAUCUGGGGCGGAGCAGAAGAAGGGCUUGCGGGCUGGCCGGUGCUGGCCUCCCUGGGGCAUUCAGUCCAAAUCCCACCUGCAUCCACUGAACCGAGGAGCCCCAGAAGAAAGUGGACUGAACCAGCCCCCUCUUGCCUAUUCUUUAUCAUUGAUUGGUUUCUCCUCAAGGGAGCCCCGGGAAUUCAGCAGGAACUAACUGGUCCUUAUCCCCCUGCUCAUCGUCCAGCAUUUGUUUCUCCAUGCAGGCAGGCAGGAAUCGGGGUUCCUGGACACCCCGAGGAUGGUACCUGAGCAGAUGUGGCUCCCCCAGCCUCUUCCAGCCUGUCACUGAGGUCUUCAAGGUCUCGGGACAGGUCACUGCGUUGUUUCUCCACCUGGGGGGAGAUGGGAUAACACUGACCUUGGCCGUCCAAGAACCCGUUUCUCUGGUAAGGAUUGUGAUCACCACGUGGCGUCUGUGAGGCCAGGGGCCUGUGCUUGGGGAGCUCUGCACUCUGCCCGUCACCCCCCACACACACUCAGCAGAGGAUGCUGUCUGUCCUCCCCUGCACUGGGGGGGCCUUAGUGCCCAUCCUGCCACCCAGCCCAGCUGGGCUGAAGCUGGAGUUAGGUGUGUUAUGAUGCAUCUCCCUACAGGAUCCCUGCCCUCAAGCCUUCCUCCACUCCUGGCUCUUCCUUUCACACCUUUGUACCUGUGCACAUAAGUGCUAUUUGAUUCCCUUUGCCUAGAAACUCCUCCCCGCCUCAGCCUGUUAAAUGCAGUCUUCCAGUCCCCAGGCUAACAUUGCCCACUCUCCUUGGACCGCACAACAAAGAGCAUCUGUGCCUCUUACGUCGUCAUUAAUGGGCACGUGUAGCACAGUGCCUGGCACACAGUAGGUGCUCAAGAAACAACAAGUCCUUUCCAACCGGAACCCCAUCCUCCUCCCUACUGGUUUCUCAACAGGAGUUUCUGCUCGUUGUUGGAUUGUGGCUUCACUGGGUCCUUGGCCUCAGGAAAGGAGGGAGGAAGUGUAGACGCAUCUCACUUACCUUGGCUCUCAUUGCCCUCUCAGCCUCCAGCUCUUCCUCCAGCUCCUCGAUUCGGGCCUAGCAGGCAAAAAGGCAGACAGAGCGGGGCGUUUAUCUCUCCUGGGUGAAGUUAGAGACCCACCCACUGGCCUUUUAGAAUGAAAAUGAUGGAAGGCAGCUAAGUGUAUGUGGGACGCUGUCAAAAGCAGAGGGAAGCGGGCCACAGAGAGUGUGUGCAAUGGUCCUGAGGCAGGAGGGAGGCUGGGGUGUGUGAGACCCCGCAAGGGGCCAGAGGGGCUGAACGGAAUGAUGGGGGAACGGUGGGUGACAAGCCAGGGAGGGAGCAGGGGCUAUUGUGGAGGGCCCUGUGGCCACUGUGGGGACUUGGAAUUUAUCCCAGCAUGAGGUGGACAUCAGUCAGUCUCUGAGGACUCUGUGGCAGCAGCAGAUCCGCUGAUGUGAGCAAAGGUGCAGGCCAGUGCCUUUCAAAAGAGGAUCUGGGUCUCCUCCAUCCCGCACAGACAGACCUGGUGUUCCUUUAGUUUCCGCUGCAGCGUGGAAUUCAGAGACUGCUCAUCCUCAUAUUUAGAGUUGACAGAAUUGAUUUCCAUAUCUCUCCUGCAAGAGAAGGUUUGACCUCCUGAGGAAAAGCUCUGAGGCUAGACCAGCAAGCUGGCACGGGAAUGGAGCUGGGGCUGCCGGGGGAGACCUUGACCCUGCUGAGACCCACUCAGCCCUGACCCCUGGCCUUCUCACCCUACAGAUGAGUCGCCCUACAGAGCCCCAGGAUUUGCUUCACUGGUUUUUCACUCACUCAUUCAUUCACUUGUGCAUUUAUUAAUUUGCCUUCAAUUUAUUGAGUCCCUCCUGGUGCCAGACAUUGUCUGGGGUUCCAGGGACACAUCAGUGAACAAAACGGACAGAAGUCACUGCUCUGGUGCAGCUUACAGUCUAGGGGCUCCAGAAUCACACAGAUGCUUGGCCUUUUUAGGGAAAACGUUCCUCCAAAAUCUUUCUGCAAAAGGCUGUCUCCUGAUGUGAGUUCCACGUGUCAAGAGCCACGUGUGAGAGGUAAGAUGCCAGAGACCAAGCAGGUGGGGAGGAUGGGCAGGGUCACCUGCACCUUCUGGGUGUGCCUCCCAAGAAAUGUGCUGAGAUGCAGAUUUAGCUGCACACGCCCUCUUGGCAGCCUGUGGUGCUUUAGAAUUGCCCUAGCAAAAUGUACUUCAAAGAUGCGUUGUCCAGGGGACUUCCCUGGUGGCACAGUGGAUGAGACUCUGUGCUUCUAAUGCAGGCGGCCUGGGUUUGAUCCCUGCUGGGGGAACUAGAUCCCACAUGCAUGCUGCAACUAAGAGUUUGCAUACCACAACUAAGGAGACCAUGUGCCACAACUAAGGAGCCCACCUGUCACAACUAAGACCCGGCAUAACCAUAUAAUUAAAUAAAUAUUUUUUAAAAAGUUGCAUUGUCCAAAUUCUGCCCCCUAAAAGCUUUCCUUACCUGCCUCCUUAUCUCCAUCCCUUCAGCCUCUUACUCAGUUCCGGUUUAUGCUUGGACUAUUGCAGUAGUUGUCUUCCUGCUUUCUCCACCCCACAUGUGCUCCAUGUUAUUACCAGGGUGAUAUUGCUAACAUAUCCCCUCAACUCCUUGUGAUCUUUGAGAGCCCAAUUUUCAGGUUUCUGCAAAGACUCCCUGACCUCUGGGGUGGGUGCAUUGCUUAGUACCUGUGUACUUUCCAGCGCCCAGCAGGCCCUGUGUGAGGCUGGGAACUCCCUGAGAACAGGGAAGCACCUGCCCCUCCCUCCCUAAUCCUCCGAGCUGAGCACAGUGCCUGGUACAGAGCAGGUUCAGGGGACAUGCACUGAUACACAUGAAGCCCUCAGCAGAGUGCCUGGCGCCGGGUGCCAUCCAGGAAGUGCUAGAUAUUGCUAACACCGCUACGGGCAAAAUGAAAGACUGCGUACUUUUUCACCACCUCCUCGAGAUCUAGCUUGGACCGCUCCAUCUCAUUGAGAUUGUCAAUGGUCAUCUUCAAGUCACUCUCAGCUUUCUGGCGAGCUUUUUCCACUUCCGCCCGGAUUUUCUUUUCCUGUUCCCAGUUAUCCUCCAGCUGCGGAGACAAAAAAUACAAAAGAAAGUAGUGUGUGUGUGUGGGGGGAGGGUUGUCUGAGGCCAGAAUGCAAUAAAGAACCAGACUGGGCCUGGUUCCUUAGCUGUGGCAUCAGAAAGGGCCUCACUUCCCAGUUUCCCAAAAUGUAUCUGAGGUCCCUGUGACCUGGGACAGACCUGACCGUCGAGCUAUAGAAUCAGACCCAAUGACGGGGCAUUACCUCAUGGAUCUGGGUGCUAAGCUUGCUGUUGUUCUUGGUCAGAUGGUUCACCUUGUCCUCCUCGGCUUGCAGGUCAUCAAGGGUUUUCUGGAAGGAAAGAUACACGUGUGUGUCCUGUGAGGCAGGCGGGAGCAGCUGAACAGAUCUGGUUCUCUGCCAUCACUUCCGAGCUGAGUUGAUGAUGUCAGUGAUCAGUUACAGAGCACCUGCUCCUGGGUGGUGGGUGAGGCCACGGCACACUGAUCACCCGUCAGCCACAGGGACGCUGGACAUCUGGCCUUGCUCUGGAUAAUGGGUGCCAUGAAGAAUAAUUCUGCAUUUCACACACUUGCUGUCCCAUUCAGCCAUUCAUUGUCUGCUCCAAUGGGACUACAUUUAUCAAGAGUCAACCCCUGGAGACCGAGAACUGUACUCAAGGUAUCGGGAAGACACCACUCACCUCUGUUUGAACUCUGGGUACUGCAGCCUGUUUGGGAAGCCCUUCCUGCAAAUACGGAUGCCUUCCAGGACUCCAUUGCAAGCCAGCUGGUGCAUGAUCAGACUCCUGGAAGAAAGCAACGCUUGAUCCCAAAGCUCCAGCAUGAGGGCGUUUCAGGCUCUGUGACAGCUGGACGGGCAGGUAUUUGUAGGUAUUGCGGGACAGGCAGUCCACUGCCUGUUUUGGAGACUUUUCCAGGGAGGUAAGGCUGGCCCCUAUUGAAGACCCCUGGCUGCCUGGAUGAUAGCUUCUCUAUGACGGGCCUGAGGGUGAACCUCGGAGACAAGGUAUGUUCUUUCUUUAUUUUUUAACUUUUUACUUGGAAAUAAUUUCAGGCUUGCAAAAAUGGUGCAAAGCAUUCCUGUAUAUCCUUCAUCCAACUUCUCCAAAUGUUACCAUAACCUCUGUACAUAAUGAUGAAAACUACGAAAUCAAACUAAGAAAUCAAAGUCUGUUCGGACUUUGUUCAAAUUUUGUCAUCUGUCUUGUUAAUGUCCUUUUUCUAUCCCUUUUCUGCAUUUAAUCAAACAGUAUAUAUUAUUUUUUCUUUUCUUUUAAAUUUUUUUAAAAGAUUUAUUUCAUUGAAGUGUAGUUGAUUUACAAUUUUGUGUUGAUUUCUGCUGUACAGCAAAGUGAUUCAGUUAUACAUAUAUAUAUAUAUAUAUAUAUAUAUAUACAUUCUUUUUCAUAUUCUUUUCCAUUAUGGUUUAUCACAAGAUAUUGAAGAUAGUUCUCUGUGUUAUACAGUAGGACCUUGUUGUUUAUCCAUUAUAUAUAUAAUAAUUUGCAUUUGCUAAUCCUAUAUAUUCCUGAAUGAGGCCAUUUGUUAAAACAUUCCCUAUGGUGUGAUUACAGGGGAGGCUAUUAGAUGGCCUUGGUUAAAACCCAACUCUGCCACUCAUAGGAUGGAUGACCUUGGAUAGGUGACUUCCUUUUUCUGUGCCUCAAUGUGAAAUGUUUAUAAUAAAUUCUGUGAAAUGGUUAUAAUAAAUUCCUCCCCACCAUUGGUAGCUUGUGAUGAUCCAAUGAGUGAAGGCAUAAAACAGCCGAACCAACAGUGGCCAUUGCAGUGACUGUUGUACCCAUUUUGCAGAGAGGAAGCUUGAGGUCAGAUAAACUGAGGUCAUCUGCCAUGUUGCUGACUCCCCCGAAACCACAGGCCCCAGUGAAAUCCCUUCCUGAGAUGUGCCCCAGGGUCUCGACCUCUCUCCAAGCCCCUCCUUUGAGAAGUGUGGAACCUUUUCCAGGAGGUCGAUGCAGGCCUGCAGGUCAAGGCCAAAGUCAAUGAAGACCCAGUCGAUGCCCUCCUUCUUAUACUCCUCCUGCUCCAGCACGAACAUGUGGUGGUUGAAGAACUGCUGCAACUUCUCGUUGGUGAAAUUAAUGCACAGCUGUUCGAAGCUGUUGAACUGUGGCAGGAAGACAGAAAGAGGCGCAUUAGCCCAGACGCAGACACAGCCUCUCCCCGGAUUGAGAGCUGGUCCACAAGCAGAGCUAAAGCUUGCUGAGGGCCGACCAGUGUCUGGCAUUUCCCCGGAUGCACCCAUCACCCGAGACUGCUUUCUCUGAAUGAAACCCCCUGCUGAAGCCUCAUAUGAAAAACAGGUCAAAGGAGAGGUGCCAUUGUCAUCACAGAGCAACCUGCAUGGAGCAACCAUGCUGAGUACUCACGUCUGUGACCUGCAGCUCCUCCCCGUCGUCCAUGUUAUCCACGGUGGUGACACCCUGGCUCACCCAGAAGUACUCCUUAGGGUUGGGGACCAGCAGAAGACUCUCUGCCAAGAGCAGGAAAGCAGCCCCUCCAUCACUGUGUAUCCACAUCUCUGCAUUCAAGCACCUGGAUUUCAAUACUGAACUGGACUCUAGUUGAUAUAGACCCUGACGGAUAAAAAUCUCUGGGAAGGAGAUGCCAUGACUUGACUCAUCCCAUUGCGGCCCUAACCCAGAGAGCAGCUGUGCCCAGUCGGCCCUACCUUCCCAUCCGAGGACUGUUUGCCGGUUCCUCCAAUGUUGGCAAAGUACUGGAUGACCUUCUUCGUGUUCUCAGUCUUGCCUGCACCAGAUUCUCCACUGCAGGUGGAAAACGAGAGCAGAUGAGUGAAGGACAAAGAGGAGAUUGCCCGCAGAGAAGCAAUGCGAUGAAAGAUGGAAGUCACCAGGGACAUGAGACCAAAAUCCACAUGAAAAGAAAAUGUGGGGCUUCGCUGGUGGCGCAGUGGUUGAGAGUCCGCCUGCUGAUGCAGGGGACGCGGGUUCGUGCCCCGGUCCGGGAAGAUCCCACUUGCCGCGGAGUGGCUGGGCCCGUGAGCCAUGGCCUGCGUGUCCGGAGCCUGUGCUCUGCAACGGGAGAGGCCACAACAGUGAGAGGCCCGUGUACCGCAAAAAAAAAAAAAAAAAACAACUAUGGGCGUCCUAGUGGGUGGGAAGUGGUAUCUCAUUAUGGUUUUUAUUUAGAUUCCCCUGAUGACUGAUGAUGUUGACCAUCUUUUCAUGUGCUUGUUGGUGAUUUGCAUAUCUUUGGAAAAAUGUCAAGUCCUUUGCCCAUUUUUAAAUUGGGUUGUUUGUCUUUCUGUCCUUGAGCUGUAAGAGUUCUUUAUAUAUUUUACAUACUGGGCCCUUAUCAAAUAUGUGAUUUGCAAAUAUUUUCUCCCAUUCUGUGGGCUUUUUCAAUUUCUUGCUAAGUCCUUUAAUGCACAAAAGUUAAUUAUUUUUUUUAGUUUUAUUUUUUUAAUUUAUUUUUAAAAUUUUAUUGAAGUAUAUUUGAUUUACAAUGUUGUGUUAAUUUCUGCUGUCCAGCAAAGUGACUCAGUUAUACAUAUAUAUAUAUUCUUUUUCAUAUUCUUUUCCAUUAUGGUUUAUCACAGGUUAUUGAAUAUAGUUCACUGUGCUAUACAAUAGGACCUUGUUGUUUAUCCAUCCUGUAUAUACAAGUUUGCAUCUGUUAAUCCCAAACUCCCAAUCCUUCCCUCCCCACAUCCCCAAAAGUUAAUUUUAAUGAAGUCCAAUUUAUUUUUUAUUUUGCCACCUGUGCUUUUGGUGUCAUAUGUAAGAAACCACUGCCAAAUUCAAAGUCAUGAAGGUUUGCCCCUGUGUUUUCUUCUAAGAGUUGUAUGGUUUUAGCUUUUAUAUUUAGGUUUGAUGCCUCAAUUCACUCUUAAAGGAAAAAGGAACCCAUCUGAGUACAGAGCUGAUUUCCCUUUUUGUCUCUCUGGGUUGGGACCCGGGAAGCAGCUACUUUAAACCCAAAGAAUCUUUUAUUUAGUACAUAGUAAUGUUCUGCAGAUGUCUUCUAUUAUCAUCUGAUCCCUACAGCAUGUUACUGUAUUCUGAAAACCGGAAUCUGGCAAUGAAGAAUCAUAUUGAUAAGCAGUGAUGACAUUGACCUUUAGCAGCACCAGCUUCACGCCUGAGGAUGAACCUCACUUCUCCCAUGUGGGACCUCAGUUUCCCCAAAGCCUGAGGACCACACCCCCAACCCUGGCAGUGCCCCUGGAGAGCCCCCUAGUGCCAGGACCAGGGCCCAGCACCUCGGAUGGAACAGAGUUCUCACUCAAGGUGCUUUACUUCUUCUAGUCAAUAUGCCGACUUUAGAAGCUCCGGAAGAGAGGCUGAGAAAAUUUAAGUAUCGUGGCAAAGAUGCAUCUAUGAGGCGGCAGCAGAGGAUAGCAGUCAGCCUGGAGCUCCGGAAAGCCAAGAAGGAUGAGCAGUCCUUGAAGAGGAGAAACAUCACGGAUGUCUCCCCUGACGCUUCUGAGCAACAGACCAAACGGGUCAGCCUCACCCUGCAAGAAAUAAUCAAUGGUGUCAAUGCCUCAGAUCCAGAACUAUGUUUCCAGGCCACCCAGGCAGCCAGGAAAAUGCUGUCCCGGGAAAAGAACCCUCCUCUGAAGCUGAUUGUUGAUGCAGGGCUCAUUCCCAGGCUGGUGGAGUUCCUGAAGUCAUCCCUUCAUCCCCGCUUGCAGCUCGAGGCAGCCUGGGCUCUGACCAAUAUUGCCUCCGGUACUUCGGAGCUGACUCGUGCUGUCGUGGACGGAGGGGCCAUCCAGCCCUUGGUUGAGCUCCUGUCUUCCCCUCAUAUGACUGUGUGUGAACAGGCAGUGUGGGCCCUUGGUAAUAUAGCAGGUGAUGGACCAAAAUUCAGAGACGACGUUAUCUUGAGUGAUGCCAUUCCACAUCUGCUGACCCUGGUUUCAUCAAGUAUACCAGUCACAUUCCUGCGGAACAUCACGUGGACCUUGUCCAACCUGUGCCGGAACAAGAACCCAUACCCUUCUGAUCACGCAGUGAAGCAGAUGUUGCCCACCCUCUUCCACCUCCUGUGGCACCCAGAUGAAGAGGUUCUCUCGGACACCUGCUGGGCUCUGUCCUACCUCACUGACGGCUGUGAUACACGCAUCGGCCAAGUGGUGGACACGGGGGUCCUGCCCAGGCUGGUUGAGCUCAUGAGCAGCUCAGAACUCAAUGUCUUGACCCCCUCUCUGCGCACUGUGGGGAACAUUGUCACAGGGACGGACCACCAGACCCAGCUGGCCCUGGACGCAGGCAUCCUAGCUGUGCUGCCCCAGCUCCUCACACACCCCCGCUCCUCCAUCCAGAAGGAGGCAGCCUGGGCCCUAAGCAACGUGGCCGCGGGGCCCCGCCAGCACAUCCAGCAGCUGAUCGCUUGCGGUGUGCUGCCUCCCUUGGUGGCUGUUCUAGAAAACGGAGAAUUUAAAGUCCAGAAAGAGGCUGUCUGGACAGUGGCUAACUUCACAACUGGGGGCACCGUGGACCAGUUGAUCCAGCUUGUCCAGGCUGGAGUCCUGGAGCCACUAAUAAAUCUUCUCACCAUCCCAGACACCAAAAUUGUUCUCAUCAUUCUCGACAUCCUCUUUUUUAUCCUCCAGGCAGCAGAGAAGAUUUCUCAGAAGGAAAGCAUGUGUCUGCUGAUAGAAGGACUCGGUGGGAUUGAUAGAAUUGAGGCUUUGCAACUUCACGAGAACCGUCAGAUUGCCCUGACUGCUCUGAACAUUACUGAGAGACACUUCUCUGAGGAAGAAGAAACUGGCACAACCUUACCAGCCCGGGACCAAGGUCAUGAAUUCUUAAAGCACUUAACAAACACAUACCAAAGCUCCACAACUCCUAAAUCAGGGACCAGACCCAAAGAGUCACCUCUUUAAGAACCCCUUCCCCUUGGUGUACUACAGGUAUAAAGCUUUUAAAAUUUGAAUGAUAAUAAAAAUUUCCACACUUUCACCUCCAUCUGUCAAAAAUGCAGUUAAACCACUCGUACCUUAAAGCCAUGUGGACUCCAUCUCCUAAGAACAUGUGGUUUAGUGGUUACCUUUCAGGAUCUUCAAGGAAGAUCUUCAGAGUGGGAUGGUCUAUAGCUACCUAGACAAAAUUUGAGUUGCAGUUUAACCAGUAUUUCUUAUAUUUAUUUGACGGUGGGCCCCCUUCCCUUUUCCUUGUCAUGUAAUGCCUGUUAAUAUAGAACAUUCUUCAAGGAGAGCUGGGUGGGCAGUGGUCAAAGGGAGAGAGUGACUGGGAUGGGAAAGACCUAGAAACACAGUACUAGGUGGCGUGGGAAUGGAUGUGGGGUAUGCUUAAAGGAGGAUUGGACUCGAUUUGUAUGAUGUGAGUGUAGAGAUUAAAUCAAGUUAUAUUUUGCUCUAAAGCGUCCCACGGAAAUGUCAUGCCCAAAGCACGGUCUUUGCUGGUCCUUGACAGGUAAGGAGGAAAGAUGUGUGGGUGUCCAUCCAAAAUAUGGCUGGAAGGCAGUUCGUGGUCUCACAAGCUUCUCAUCCAGUUGUGAGAACAAAUCUAUGAUUCAGUGGACACUGGGCUUUCCAGUCAGUAUCUCAUCUCCUUUUGGGGUGACUCCGCCAGCUGCUGAGGGCUGUGUUGGGGGGAUGGGAUCCUCUAAGGGUUCUGCUCUCCCACAUGGAAAUGGAGGGGACCUGGGAGAUUCCUCUCAACUCCCUCUUUUGUUCAUCAGCUCAGAACCUCCUAGUUGGGCACAUCUUUGGCUAAGCAGAAUCUCAUUCUCUGAGGACCUUGAAUCUGAGACCCAGGCAUUGAGCCCAGAAGAAACAGAGAACUGGGAAGUGUUUGCUUCAGCGGCAAGGCUUUACACUCAGUGGAAUGGAUGUCCUCAGUGGUUGUCUGCUUCCUGCUUCUCCAAGGCUGCCCUUUGGACCUAUACAUUCUCCCAUAUUCCUCCCAUAGACUGUCUUAUAUAUAGAGAGAUAUAUAUCUUGGCUGCGCCACGCGGCUUUCAGGAUCUUAGUUCCCUGACCAGGGAUUGAACCCCGGCCACGGCAGUGAAAACGCUGAGUCCUAACCACUGGAUCACCAGGGAAUUCCCUAGAUUGUCUUUUUUAAAGUAGCUAUAGUUAGUUUCUGUUGCUUGCUGCUGAAGAAUCUUAACUGACACACAUGAAGAGUGAAAAACUAAACCAUAACUAGUUAUUAUUUAAAUCCAAAAGCUCUAUUACGUCUCAUUCUGUCAAGUUCGUGUAUAAAAUUUGAAUUUUUAAGUUAAAAAUAUGCAAAAAAUAUAUAAAUUAUAUAUCAAAUAUAUUACUAGUGUAUAUAUAAUAUCUUAUCUAUUAUAUAUAAAUAUACUUAAAAAAAAUGAAAGACAAAACAAAGAAUGGGAAAAAAGGUAAUCCUUCCACUCCAGCACAACUUUUUUUUUUUUGCCACACCACGCGCCAUGUGGGAUCUUAGUUCCCCGACCAGGGUCCCCAGCACAACUAGUUUUAUGUUUGCUGUUUCCCUUCCAGUUUGAGUCAACAUACCCCUCCCUUUUUUUUUUU